AUGGCUGGUGAUGUUGAUAGAGACAACAACACAUCGCCAGCCGUACCUCCCGCACCGUUAAGGACAAUUUCCUCGAAUUCACUAGCAACAGCACAACCACUGAAUUCACCGCCACGCUUGGCGCGGGCCGAAGCCGGGCCCACAGAUGGAGAGGCGGCAAUUCUAAAUGCAAACCGAGCGCUUGCAGCAGCCGAGGAGGCGAUUGGUGUUACGUUGGAUAUGGGAGACGAGGACUUGAUAGUCGAUGAUGGUUGGGAGACGAAUAGUGAUGCGGUUUCGGACCUGGAAGUGGACGACGAAGACGAGUUUAAGACAGAAGCGGGUGAAGAUGAAGAGGACGAUGAAGAUGAAGACGACCCAAUCCAGCUUAUUGGGCACCCAUAA